GCUCAUCCCUGCAGGCAGACAGUAGCAAAACUGUUACUCGAAAAAUGAUACUGUGCCUGGAAGAUGGGAUCCGUGAGGUGGACAUCGCUCGGAUCAGGCAAUGCAGGGCUAUCGGUAUAGCCAUGGACAAAGGGGGCGACCAUUUGGUCGUUUACGGCCGCUUGGUCGGUCCGACGGGUCUUUAUGAGAUGCUGCUGGGUGUUGUGACGCCAGAUAUGGUCCAGGAUAGCAGCAGAGGGAUGUUGGAGGCGCUGCAGUUGCUUUUGAAGCAGGUUUGCAUUAUCCCAGCCCGCUGCAGACGGCCAGCCGACGACAUGUUCAAUUCUCCAUCCGACCGUUUCGACGCUGGUCUUUACAAUCAUCUCUGCGAUCAUAUUUUUACUGCAGUGGCAGAUGGCGGGCCGACUGAGCAACGCUGCCUUUUUGAAUCUUCAGCCGCUGGACCUGAGUUGCGACAGGAGCCAGGGUACGUGCCUUUGUUGCCCCACCUUCGCUUGAUCGUGCGAGAUGCGGCUCACAGAUACAGAUCAAUCGACAAGCUCGUUAUAUCGAAGCUGCCAACUCUGUUCCAGGAAACCUUGGAAAAGCUAGUGCAUGGAGAGCGGAGCCUCGCACGAUUGCUCGAGAAAUCGGCGAAAUUCUCGCAGCUCUUUCUGGAGUGCCAGAAGGACAUGGCAGAUCGGGAAGAUGGGGCAUCUUUCUGCCGGUUCCUGAAAGGGUUUUCCUUUGCAGAUCAUCGCUUCGACAGCCGGAAACGGCCCCUGGUGCGUUUGUUUACGAUGUUACCCAUCCUGAUGGAAUGCCUUCAAAGGGUGACCGAAGGCGGCACAUCGUUUACAGAUGCUGAUGUUGUGUGGUGCCGAAAUCUGUUGCAAGAUUGGGGCGGUGACAAGGGCUACAUUCGCUUGGUGGGGUCGGCCCUGAUCGCGGCUGCAGAGUGCUUGUCGCUGUUGCGAUCCAUGCUGCUGGAGGGGGCAAUUUGGCUCCCAGCAGCUAAGGGCACCUUGGUACACUCUGUCUUGGGCGCGGUCAAGCAGCGAGUUCUUUUCACGGAUCAGAAGACGGAUCGAAGCGCUGUUGUGGUCGUGCGCUGGCCUGCGCCGGACUCUGAAGCACGACUCGAGGCGAACAGCUUCACAUGCUUCAAUCUCACUGCCAACCUCUCCUUGGGGGAACGUGAGGCUUUCGUCAGAGCGGGGUGUGAAAUUUUUCAGCUUGACGGUCAGAAAGCGUGGCGGUCAUUCGUUGGGCCCCGUGGGAAUGAGAACGGACUUUUGCAUCGUGCGCAGUACUGGGCGUCACCCGCUGGAAUUGCAGCCGCUGCUGCCGCCGAGACCCAGGCCAAGUGCCACUUGCCUGAGUCCAUGCAUCAGCGGGCGUGGCUGCGGACCUGGCAGGACUUGCAUGCAGCAGAGCGAGUUUCGGAUGCGAGUGGACAAGGUGGGAAGUCACAGCAUUUGGACGCCAAGCGUUUCAUAGAGAUAUAUCUCAGCUCCCUUGCUGGGACCGGCGUCGUCGAACGGUGGAUUGGGGAGAAAAGGUCAUUGCUGGCUGGCCGUUCUACGCUGCAUGUCCGCUCCAUCGCGGCUUCUUUGAAACUUGUGGUCCAGGAUUUGAAAGGAAGACGUCGUGAUCGCCUGAGCCCGAACGCUCUGCUCUGCAAGCCCGCUGCCGCCCGAGCAUCUGGAGGAGGGGCGCCGGUUCUCUUUCCGCCCACACCGUUCCUUUUAAGAGCGCAGCGCACUUACGCGACCUGGUUUGGCGAGAAGGCGAGCAAGGCUCGCGAUGUUCGCCCAGCAUCUUUCUCAGAACAGGUGUUGGCCCGCGCAAAGGCUGCCAAGCCCCGCUUGGAGAGCACACGGCAGCGAAGCCAAAAUUCAGAGACGGCGUGGCUCGAAUCGCAUGCUGGUGCGUGCAAGGCUGCUGUUGCUGCCUUGUCAACUGUGGAUUCUCACGCUGAGGGGGUGCUGGGCAAUCGCGUUGUCAACCCCAAUCUGGCGGAUGGCAACAGAAAACGGCUCAUGAGCGAAGCUGCUGACGAGACCUGGGAAGUGCAGCAGGAGAAGAAGCAGAAACAAAGUGCUUCUGCAAAUGCCCAGUCCAAUCAGAAGCAGACUGCUGCUAAUGCAUCCGGUCACGGGAGACCUCCAGAGCCCUCUGGUGACGCAACUGGCAGCAGCGGUACAACACGCACCCAAGUCCGCAUUUGGCAAUCUGAAGUUGGUACAACCCUGGACGAGCAGAUGGGUAUCGACUGGAGCACCGCUGACAAAGCGAUUGAGCAGCAACAGGCGGGCGGAUUGAUGCGGGCCAAGCCUGUGACUUUGCCAGCGGCGAAGACGUGCCCUCCCUUACCCAGGAAGUUCAAGCUGCUUUCUGAGUCAGACCAGGUGCUGCUUGCUGUCCAGGCCCGACGGGACAAGCCUUGGCCUGUCGAUACUUCGUUCGAGCGGGUUCCGAGGCUUGGUGUGCGUGCUGAUAUGGUGUUGGUUGGUUCAGUUCUUGGAGACUACGACAGCGCGGCAGCCCUACAAGCCCGCUUGGAUGGAGCACGACUUGCUGAUAAGACUGGGCGAGUUUUGCGCUUCCGCCCUGGAAUGGAGCUAUGCCAUUCUGUGAUCUACAUGAGUCAGUCUUUCCGCGAUGCAUAUCCGAAACAUGUCCGAGUGCUGCACGCUUGUGCGGCUCGUGCCCCGUCCAUUGGCAAGGAUAAGAAUCCUCGCCUGGACGUUCGUCUUGGACUGCCGGGUGCGGAUGAGCGGCUGAAAUUCCCUGCUAACACAUUUCAUCUUGGCUUGUCCACAGAAGUUUCAGAAGAAUGCCAGCGGCUGGACAUGAAAGGCAAUGAAGUCGAAGUCCAGACGAUUGAUUUAGCUGGCCUCUUUCGAAUGUAUGCCUCCUGCUACGAGUCGUAA